CCUGCCAGUAAGUCCCUAGGCCUCCAUCUCUCUCCCUUGCUGUACCACCUUCACCACCAUCCAUGCGACCCCAAGAGCCUUAAUGACUCUAGAAGAGACUCCAGGCAGGGGAAGCUGAAAGGACCUUUCACUCCCUACUUUUGGCCAGGGCCUUCUGUGCCACCUGCCAAGGCCAGCAGGCCUACCCUCUGAAGAGGUCCAAGCAACGGAAGUACUACUACGAAGCUGCCUUUCUGGCCAUCCUUGAGAAAAACAGACAGAUGGCCAAGGAGAGGGGCCUAAUAAGCCCCAGUGAUUUUGCCCAGCUGCAAAAAUACAUGGAAUACUCCACCAAAAAGGUCAGUGAUGUCCUAAAGCUCUUCGAGGAUGGCGAGAUGGCUAAAUAUGUCCAAGGAGAUGCCAUUGGGUACGAGGGAUUCCAGCAAUUCCUGAAAAUCUAUCUGGAAGUGGAUAAUGUUCCCAGACACCUAAGCCUGGCACUGUUUCAAUCCUUUGAGACUGGUCACUGCUUAAAUGAGACAAAUGUGACAAAAGAUGUGGUGUGUCUCAAUGAUGUUUCCUGCUACUUUUCCCUUCUGGAGGGUGGUCGGCCAGAAGACAAGUUAGAAUUCACCUUCAAGCUGUACGACACGGACAGAAAUGGGAUCCUGGACAGCUCAGAAGUGGACAAAAUUAUCCUACAGAUGAUGCGAGUGGCUGAAUACCUGGAUUGGGAUGUGUCUGAGCUGAGGCCGAUUCUUCAGGAGAUGAUGAAAGAGAUUGACUAUGAUGGCAGUGGCUCUGUCUCUCAAGCUGAGUGGGUCCGGGCUGGGGCCACCACCGUGCCACUGCUAGUGCUGCUGGGUCUGGAGAUGACUCUGAAGGACGAUGGACAGCACAUGUGGAGGCCCAAGAGGUUCCCCAGACCAGUCUACUGCAAUCUGUGCGAGUCAAGCAUUGGUCUUGGCAAACAGGGACUGAGCUGUAACCUCUGUAAGUACACUGUUCACGACCAGUGUGCCAUGAAAGCCCUGCCUUGUGAAGUCAGCACCUAUGCCAAGUCUCGGAAGGACAUUGGUGUCCAAUCACAUGUGUGGGUGCGAGGAGGCUGUGAGUCCGGGCGCUGCGACCGCUGUCAGAAAAAGAUCCGGAUCUACCACAGUCUGACCGGGCUGCAUUGUGUAUGGUGCCACCUAGAGAUCCACGAUGACUGCCUGCAAGCGGUGGGCCAUGAGUGUGACUGUGGGCUGCUCCGGGAUCACAUCCUGCCUCCAUCUUCCAUCUAUCCCAGUGUCCUGGCCUCUGGACCGGAUCGUAAAAAUAGCAAAACAAGCCAGAAGACCAUGGAUGAUUUAAAUUUGAGCACCUCUGAGGCUCUGCGGAUUGACCCUGUUCCUAACACCCACCCACUUCUCGUCUUUGUCAAUCCUAAGAGUGGCGGGAAGCAGGGGCAGAGGGUGCUCUGGAAGUUCCAGUAUAUAUUAAACCCUCGACAGGUGUUCAACCUCCUAAAGGAUGGUCCUGAGAUAGGGCUCCGAUUAUUCAAGGAUGUUCCUGAUAGCCGGAUUUUGGUGUGUGGUGGAGACGGCACAGUAGGCUGGAUUCUAGAGACCAUUGACAAAGCUAACUUGCCAGUUUUGCCUCCUGUUGCUGUGUUGCCCCUGGGUACUGGAAAUGAUCUGGCUCGAUGCCUAAGAUGGGGAGGAGGGUAUGAAGGACAGAAUCUGGCAAAGAUCCUCAAGGAUUUAGAGAUGAGUAAAGUGGUACAUAUGGAUCGAUGGUCUGUGGAGGUGAUACCUCAACAAACUGAAGAAAAAAGUGACCCAGUCCCCUUUCAAAUCAUCAAUAACUACUUCUCUAUUGGUGUGGAUGCCUCUAUUGCUCAUCGAUUCCACAUCAUGCGAGAGAAAUAUCCGGAGAAGUUCAACAGCAGAAUGAAGAACAAGCUAUGGUACUUCGAAUUUGCCACAUCUGAAUCCAUCUUCUCAACAUGCAAAAAGCUGGAGGAGUCUUUGACAGUUGAGAUCUGUGGGAAACCGCUGGAUCUGAGCAACCUGUCCCUAGAAGGCAUCGCAGUGCUAAACAUCCCUAGCAUGCAUGGUGGCUCCAACCUCUGGGGUGAUACAAGGAGACCCCAUGGGGAUAUCUAUGGGAUCAACCAGGCCUUAGGUGCUACAGCUAAAGUCAUCACCGACCCUGAUAUCCUGAAAACCUGUGUACCAGACCUAAGUGACAAGAGACUGGAAGUGGUCGGGCUGGAGGGUGCAAUUGAGAUGGGCCAAAUCUAUACCAAGCUCAAGAAUGCCGGACGUCGGCUGGCCAAGUGCUCUGAGAUCACCUUCCACACCACAAAAACCCUUCCCAUGCAAAUUGACGGAGAACCCUGGAUGCAGACGCCCUGUACAAUCAAGAUCACCCACAAGAACCAGAUGCCCAUGCUCAUGGGCCCACCCCCCCGCUCCACCAAUUUCUUUGGCUUCUUGAGCUAAGGGGGACACCCUUGGCCUCCAAGCCAGCCUUGAACCCACCUCCCUAUCCCUGGACUCUACUCCCGAGGCUCUGUACAUUGCUGCCACAUACUCCUGCCAGCUUGGGGGAGUGUUCCUUCACCCUCACAGUAUUUAUUAUCCUGCACCACCUCACUGUUCCCCAUGUGCACACACAUACACACACCCCAAAACACAUACAUUGAAAGUGCCUCAUCUGAAUAAAAUGACUUGUGUUUCCCCUUUGGGAUCUGCUAA